AAAGAAAUUUGGAUACUGCAUCAAGAUCACAAAAUUGUCGCAACAUAAAAAAGUUGGUUAUUGAAAAGAUAUCAACUGAACCAAAACAAAUUGGUCGGGGCCUUAAGUAUGGAGGAAUUGGAAGGAUCGAACGAAAUGAAAGAUUCAACACGCGUCGUCAUUUUACAUCAUUAUUUAACGAUGUUAUAUCAUCAUACGCAAUUCUUAUCGAUGGAUUAGAAUACGAUCCAUUUUACGGAAGAAUAGCGCCUUCUUCACCCAGGGAACGUGUGGAUAAACAGUCUCCAAAAUCUGAACGAGAGUUACUUUCAAAUCUUAUUAAAGUUCAACACAGGCUAGAACAUAUUUCAAUAUUUUUUAGUGAUUUAAAUAUUGAUUUCAUUUCAUCUCUUGAGACUCAAUCAAGAACAUUAUCCUAUUUGGAAUUUGAUACAAUAUAUUUUGAGAAUGGUGUGACGUUAGAAUCAUUAAGUGUUUGUGAAAACCUGGAAACACUUUAUAUAACCUCAUGCACGUGGAACAAUUGUUCCAACAACAAUAAUAUCAUACAACAGCAAAAUUCUCAAGAAAUCUUCAAGUUUCGAGAAUUAACAUCGUACAACAACGUCAUAUUUCCAAAUCUCAAAACUCUAAGUAUUCGUGGGUCGAGGAUUCCAAAUGAUGAUUUGAGACCAAUAAUUAAAGGUGCUGGAACAUCGCUUCAAUCCAUCUGCCUAAACUGUCAGCAAGACAUUGACCUUCCGCUCUUAGAUUCCAUAAUCGAUCAUUGUACCAACAUUCGAACACUUGAAUUGUUCUUGGAACGUAAAGAUCUUCUCGAAUGUUUCACAACUUUAAGUAAUUCUUGUGAUGCAAAGUGUUCUUUGAACAGCAAUUCUUGUAAUCUGAGAAAAUUACAGAUAUAUGGUGGGUAUUGGGAUUCUCGCGGAAGUGUUAAUGGUGUAGGAUAUAGUGGAGUGGACAUUGCUAACGCUUAUCUACCACAAAUCGGGAGAUUGGUUCCGAAGUCUUUAAGAUGGUUAAC